CAUGUUUUAAUGCAGCACCAGUACUGCCACCUUUAUCAGUGAUUUACAAACACUUUGCUUUAACCAUCGCAACAUAAUGUCUUCUAAAGAGAUGUAUCUGCUGCAUCAUGGACUAAAGCUACCCAAAGAGACUCACGACUUAGAGAGCUUGAAGUUUGCGCAGGAAUUCACGUUUAAAGACGAGGACGUCGUGGCUGUAACUUACCCGAAGUCAGGUACAAUCUGGAUGCAGGAGAUUCUCCCACUGGUGCUGAAUGGGGGGGAUCUGACUCUGAUCCAUACCGUUCCCAACUGGGACAGGGCCCCCUGGCUGGAGGAGAAAAGAUUAGCAGAGGUUGUUGAUCAGUUGAAAUCUCCACGGGCACUGGUCUCACAUUUUCCUUACCACCUCAUGCCACCCUCCUUCCACACAUCCAAAGCCAAGGUGAUCUAUGUUAUGAGGAACCCUAAGGACAUCAUAGUGUCUUCAUACUACUUCCACCAGAUGGCCGGAUUCCUCGAGGAUCCAGGAACCUUUGAUGAGUUCAUGGACAAAUUCCUGGAGGGCAGAGUGCUGUUUGGAAAAUGGACCGACCAUGUGAAGAGCUGGAGACACACAGAGCUGGGAGACAGAAUAAUGUACAUCACAUAUGAAGAAAUGUGUCAGGACCUUCCAGCAGCUCUCAGGCGUAUUUCAGAGUUCCUUGGCCGUCAUCUGAGUGAAGAAUCCAUUCAGAAGAUAGCAGAGCAUUGCUCCUUCAAGAACAUGAAAGCCAACAACAUGUCCAACUUCAGCCUGGUCCCUAAGAAAUACAUGGACCCUGACAAAUCUCCAUUCUUCAGGAAAGGUGUUGUGGGAGACUGGAAAAACCAUUUCAGCUCAGAGAGUCUGGCUAAAUUUACAUCGGUCCUUCGCAAAGAGCUGGGCAGUGAGAGCGUUUCUCUGCCUUGGAGCCUAGACUGACCAACACCGGAACAAAGACAGAGAGGGAAAGAGCUGUAGAAGUCAAAUCAAGGCCCAGACAUAUCAAGCAUUUCAAAAAUUGGUGCUAAUGUUUUGGUUUAAUAUUAGGCAAAUGACUAAUUGACUUACAUUUUUUAUAUAACAAACAACUUUUUUAAAGUUAUUGAUUGUAUUAAUAUUUUGUCACUUGAUCUGUCCAGGAGGUAGACAGCAUCUAUAAAAGUUCAUCCUCUGCAGAAAACACAUUCUGUUAAACUGCCAACAAGGAAAUGUUGCUACAACACCGAUCAUUUGGAUCCUUCACAACUGUAAUUGAGCUUAUUGCAGCUUUAUACUCCAGUACCAGAAAACAUUUUGUAGUUGUUCUGCUACUAAACGUGAUAAAUGUCUGUUAAGGCAUAAAAGCAGUGCAGUCCAUUUACAAUAUAAGUGUAUGGGAGGGACCAAACUACUUCCUCACAAAUCAAGUGACAAUUCGCAAUACAAACAUGGAGGAAAAACAACCCCUGAUGUCAUAUAAAACAGUGUGAUUACCUAAUUUCACAAUUA